AUCGCAUAACAAUUCCAUAAUAUAUAACGCAAAGCUCAAAAUCCCCGCGAAUAUAUUAACAUUCUAUAUAUAUUUCUUUAAUUAUAAAUUUUAAUUUUUUAACUUACAAAAAAUAAUAUCUUUACUUUCAUGCACAGGUACACAGCGUGGAACAAAAUCGCUAAUUUUCUUGUACGUUAUUUUAAUAUAAACAACAUAAUGUAUGCAGAGGCGUGAACAAAAAUAUCAAGUUGGGUUAAGAAUAAUCCACCACCCUCGAAGGUUCAUAUAUCGUUAAUCUUUCGAGCCAGCGACCAUACCAGUUUUAUUUAGCAUGACGUUAAAAGUGGCAUUAUUAUCCGUUCGGUAUAUACGUACUAUCGUUCAGUUUUCUCUCAGCAGGGAGACGGAUGCGGAUUGCCACGUACUUCCCGUCUGCAGUCUCGAGCUCCACUCUCCUCGGGUCGUCGCGUCGCGUCGUGCUAUUAUUUGCAGCAAGUACAACCGUUUGCACGUCGCUGUUUCGCUCGCACGUUCGAUGUGAGGGCCAUCUUUCGAAUUUUUGUAUACGAGAACGUGUGCCGACCUCUUUUCGAAUUGAAUUUUUGGACGUUACGUUGACUUCAAGGAGAGUGAUAUUACAGCCUCGCGGUGAAAUAUUAAUGGAUAAAGAUAAAACAAUGAAAAUCAACGAAGGAAAUCCUGUGGCGACCACUGCCUUUCCUCCAGAAUCGAUGACCACUUCCACCGGAAAUUUCGAUGGCGAUUCCCGGACAACUUCCCCUCUUUCAUCGACAUUCUCCAUCGAGGACUGUGUUUACAGAGGCGAAGGGAAUGCUAAUAUCGUUGUUGCACUGCCACGAGAGCAUAAAGUAAUUCGAUUCCGGAAGUCGGUGCCGGACAAUGUUUCACCGGAUGAUGGCAAACAACGAGCCGAACGUGAAGUGGAAUUCGUUAGGUUUGUGGCUUCCUGUUUUUUGGGCCCGUACACGCAAAUCCCUGAGAUCCUUCGUUACGAUGCGAAAGACAUUACUAAACUUUCAGAAGCCAUUCGACCUCUUCGAUCAGAUAAACGUCGUAAUAAGGAAAUUAUGGAGACAUACGCCACUAAAUUUCCAGACUACACAUUCCUUCGAACAAAAUUCGAUACAAAUCUUUUUCGAACUAAUGAAACAUUUUGUGUGGAAAUUAAACCAAAACAAGGCUAUUUGCAAGAUAUUGAUCAAAAAUUCCAAAAGUGUCCUUACUGUUUGACACAAUAUUAUAAGUUAAAGAAGAAGAUGAUCACAUGUCGCAGUACUUAUUGUCCAUUUGAUCUCUUUUCUGGAGUGGAAACACGCAUGAAAUCAGCAUUAAAAGGAUUAUUAAAGUCACCUCAAAAUAAUUUAAAAAUUUUUAAGAAUGGUAUUCUAAUCUAUGAUCAAGAAUCAUCUUUGAGCGAUCUUGAAUGCGCCUUAUCUGAUUGGUUUCGUAAUUCUGUUAAUUCUACAAAGAAGGAAUACAUUGAUAAAUUUUGUAAUUUGAUUUGUACUGCUCUUUUACAUCCAUUUAUUUUGGAAGAAUAUAAAUCUAACAUAUUUUCUUCUUAUGAAUUAUACACAUCUGAUACACAUGAUUUAAAAACAACUUCCUAUAUUAAUACAGAUCUAAUUGCAAAAACUAAAAAAUUUUUAUAUUUUGCUGGAGAGACGUGCGAUUUAAAGGGUGAAACAUUGCCAAAUAAUUCAGUGCUAGAACGAAUUCUUCGUAUGCAAAGGCUACCCUUUAUUAGUUCAGAAUAUGUUUAUAAUACAUAUUCAAAAUUUUAUUCAUUAUUAAAUGAUGAUAUAAUAUAUACUAAUAUGAUAAAUAUGUUUAAACUUAACGAUCAUCGAAUAUCUUAUCUCAAACAAAAAAAAACUAUUACAGAAAAUCCUGAAAUAUUAAAAGAAGCUUAUAUACAAACUUGUGCCAAAGAUAUUUCCACUUCAAUAAAAUCAAAGUUUGAUGACGAUUAUAGUAGCAACAAACAUAUUAAUGGAUUAAAUGAAAAUAUUUUUCUUAUACAAAAAUCAAUCUUAAUACCAAUGCAUAUUGAAAAAAAUAAUUUAUGGUACAAUAAAUAUAGCACAAUACACAAUGAAAAUAAUAUACACUGUAACGAAAAAGAAACAUAUUUAACUAUAAAUACCGAAAGUUUAUUAUGUUUGCAGAAUUAUUUAUUGUUUUCAUGUGCUAGAGAUUGUUCGAUAUUAAUGUCAUUUCGAGAAAUAAAUCCAAAUGCAAUAUCAUCUACCGUCGAUAAAAAUGUAAUACGACUUCCGGACGGACUCAGCUUUGUUUGUAACAUCGGUAUUUCAGAUAUAGAUCCGAAAAGUUUACAUUGUAUUGAAAAACAUCGCCAACGAGAUAUUGAUGUCUUAAAUUCAGUAAUAUCUCUUCUGGAAGAAGAACUUAUGAUUAAAAAUCAGUCAUCAUCAUUUGAAAAAUAAUUCAUAAUAGUAGGCGAUUUUUAAUUAAAACUUUAUUGUAUAAUACGUGUUCCUAUAUAUCAUAUAUUUUAAAAUAAGAGCAUUAUCUGUUUUUUUAAUUAUUUUUAAUUACAGACAUCAUAUUAUAAUAGACAUUUUGAAACAUGUUCAGUAUAUAAGAUAUUAUUAUAUUCUAAAAUAAGAAAUUAAUAUUACUAAAAUACUUAAAACAAAUUUAUUUAAUCAUUGUACAUAUAUGAUUAAAAUUAUUAUAUUAUUAUUACAAUCAAUAAGAUAAAUAAUAAUAUAAUCUCUAUAGUAUUUUUUUAAAAUUUAAAUAUUAAUAUCUGAAUUCAUUCAAUUUAUUGUUUUUAAAGAUUGAAAAUAUUUAUUACUUAGUUAUUAUUAAAUUCUAGAAUUCAAAUUUUUUCUUUUAAUAAUAUUCAAUUAAUUCAAAAUAAUAGUACAAAAGUAAAAUAUAAAAAUAACUAUUAUACAUGAACAAAUAAUUACAAUGCAAUUAUUUUUUGUUAAAUAAUAAAUAUAAAUGUCAAAUUGUAAAUGUUUAAUAUUAUACUAAUUUAUAUUGUAAUUCAGUACCUAAAAUUUGACAAUAUUGUGAUUUCAUAUUUAAAUGAAUCAUAAUUUAAUAAAUCAAAAAGUCUGCAAAUAAAUUGUAUAAAAAAAUUUCAUAUGUAAAAACGUAAGAAUUAAAAUGUGACUUUGUAUUUAAUAUGAAUUAUGAUAAAUGUGUAUUUGUGAUUUUAUUCAUAUUGUAUUUAAAAUUUAUUUAAUAAAAUAAGAUGCACAUAUUCUAUAAAAUUAUUUGAUAUCUAUGUAUUAUUUAAAUUAUUGAUAUAAAUAAAUUGUAUAUGAUAGAAUUACAUUGUAUAUAAUAUUGUUUCUAUAUGUUGCUUGAUAAAUAAUAUCCACUUAAUAAAUAAACAAGAUUUAUAUAUA